UCUACGUUACCCAUGAUGCACUGCAACUGCAGGACACCCCGCUGUGGUUUCUCUCAGACUAAAGGCGCGCCAGCGCCGCCCUGCCCCCGGGACUACAUCUCCCAUGAUCCCCCGGACUGCAGCUCUCAUCCUUCCCUCGCGCUCCCCGGCUCCUGCCCAGCGGCACGGACUCCAUUUCCCUGCGUGCCCCACGGCCCGCGCCGCCCGGAAGUGCCCCUCCCCCAUAAAGCGGAAGCGGGCGGCCGGUUGGUUUGGGGCGGGGCAGUACUUGGUCUCGACACCGACCGACAAGCUGCUGCAGAGCGAAUCCCGCGCAGCCCGGACCGUGAUCCCCCUGCCCGCAGCACCAUGGCAUCUGGCGUAGCAGUCUCUGAUGGAGUGAUCCAGGUCUUCAAUGACAUGAAGGUGCGGAAGGCCUCCACCCCUGAGGAGGUGAAGAAGCGCAAGAAGGCGGUGCUCUUCUGCCUGAGCGAGGACAAGAGGAACAUCAUCCUGGAGGAGGGCAAGGAGAUCCUGGUGGGGGACGUGGGUGAGACAGUCGACGACCCCUAUCUGCACUUUGUCAAGAUGCUCCCGGAGUCGGACUGCCGCUACGCCCUCUACGACGCCACUUACGAGACCAAGGAGAGCAAGAAGGAGGAUCUGGUCUUUGUCUUCUGGGCCCCAGAUUGUGCCCCCCUCAAGAGCAAGAUGAUCUACGCCAGCUCCAAGGAUGCCAUCAAGAAGAAACUCACAGGUAUCAAGCAUGAGUUGCAAGCAACCUGUUACGAGGAGGUGAAGGACCGCUGCACCUUGGCCCAGAAGCUGGGCGGCAACGCCGUCGUCAGCUUGGAAGGGAAGCCCUUGUGAGCCGCUCCCAGUGCCAGUUUAUACCGGAGCUUCCAUGUUAAUCAGUCCUGUGCUACCUUUUUUGGGAG